AUGAACAGUCUUGCAGAAGUGCUCAGCAGCCAGGGACGUUACAAGGAAGCCGAGAGCUUCAGUCGACAGGCCUUGGAGCAGAUGCGAAAGAGAUCCAAAGAAGGAAAUCCAUACGUGCUCGACUGUAUGGCGACUCUCGGACAGGUGCUCGGUACUCAAGGGAAGUACGAAGAAGCCGGGGAAAUUUUGCGGCAGACGAUGCAAGUGCGGGCAAACGUGCUCGGUAAAGACCAUCCGGACACACUGAGAAGCAUGAGUGAGCUUGCAGAUGUGCUGAACGGCAAGGGGGAAGCUCUGGAGGCGGAGGGCCUCUGUCGGCAGGCACUGGAAAUGAUGAAGAAUGCCAUUGGCGAAGAGCAUCCUCGCAGGCUUAGCAGUCUGAGUGUCCUUGCUGCAGUGCUGAGCAGUCAAGGCAAGUAUCAGGAAGCUGAAGGCAUGCUGCGACGGACAGUCGAAUUGCGGGAAAAGGUGUUCAAGAGCCAGGGAAAGCGAGAGGAUGCAGUGGCUCUUAUGGAAACGUGCUAUCAGUUGCAGGUUCGGAAGUUGGGGCCAGACCAUCAUAUGACACAAUCUUCUCUCAGAGCGCUGAAUAAUUGGAAACUUGAGAAUUAG